GCGUGUGGGCGGCUGGCGGUGUGGGCGCGGCGUGUGCGGCAGGCUGAGCUGCACCGCAGCGCAUACACUACAAUGGCUGCUGGAAAGAGGGGAAAGCAAACAAUUUCCAGGCCCGCCGCGUCCAGCCCGAAAUAUGGGGAAAAAAUUACAGAAAAAUCGGAGAACCCUGUAAAAGGCGGGAAGAGGGCGCUGAGGGGAUGCUGAGGCUCCCGCGCUCCUGAUAACCGUCAUUGCUUUCUUGAUUGAGACCAUCUGCCAAAUAGCAACGCUUGCCAGAGAACAACCAAGCAGAGGUGGCAGUGGUGAAUAUUGGACCCAUGGAGAUAUAAGCGGCACUUCCAUAAAACUAUGUGAGUGCUGCAAGGGCAUGAGGCUGCACCUUCUUCACAGUGAUGCCCACGUAGUGGAACACUUUGCCAGCUAAGGGCUAGACACGAGAUGUGGAUGUACUGCAGAUCAAGAGUUCUGAGUUCCCACUUGCCUGUGAGCUGCUACAUAUCUAGGCAAGUGGUUAUUUACAUGUCUGGCUUGAAAGAUCAGCAAAAAUGGGAAGCACUGGAUUCUGGUUUGCUCCUAGACAUGUCAGUGGAACUGGUUAAGACCAAAAUCUGAAGGUUUUUCUUCGUUAUCCAUCACCAGGUGUGCACUGAACAGAGGCUACCAUAAAUCUGUUUUGAGUAUGAACACCUUUUAAAAUGUCCCCUUUUGCUUUCUUUAACGACCACAUGAAACUUGAGAAGCCAUCUAAAGCUAAAUCAUUUAGUGGAGUUGGGCAAUUCCCAAGUGUCCAACAAGAAGGCCUGGUUUAGGCUGCGAUGGCCACUGUCAUUCCUGGUGAUUUGUCAGAAGUAAGAGAUACCCAGAAAGUCCCUUCAGGGAAACGUAAGCGUGGUGAAUCCAAACCAAGAAAAAACUUUCCUUGCCAACUGUGUGACAAGGCCUUUAACAGUGUUGAGAAAUUAAAGGUUCACUCAUACUCUCACACAGGAGAGAGGCCCUACAAGUGCACACAACAAGACUGCACCAAGGCCUUUGUUUCUAAGUACAAAUUACUAAGGCAUAUGGCUACUCAUUCUCCUGAGAAAACCCACAAGUGUAAUUAUUGUGAGAAAAUGUUUCAUCGAAAAGAUCACCUAAAGAAUCACCUACAUACACAUAAUCCCAAUAAAGAGGCCUUUAAGUGUGAAGAAUGUGGAAAGAACUACAACACGAAGCUUGGGUUUAAGCGUCACCUGGCUUUGCAUGCUGCAACAAGUGGUGACCUCACCUGUAAAGUAUGUUUGCAGACAUUUGAAAGCACAGGGGUGUUGCUGGAGCACCUAAAAACUCAUGCAGGCAAAUCAUCAGGUGGAGUGAAGGAGAAAAAGCACCAGUGUGAACAUUGUGAUCGUCGGUUUUACACCCGAAAGGAUGUCCGAAGACACAUGGUAGUGCACACUGGAAGAAAGGACUUCCUCUGUCAGUAUUGCGCACAGAGAUUUGGCCGGAAGGAUCACCUAACACGGCAUAUGAAGAAAAGUCACAACCAAGAACUUCUGAAGGUCAAAACGGAGCCAAUGGAUCUACUAGACCCAUUUACUUGUAAUGUUUCUGUGCCUAUAAAGGACGAGUUACUUCCAGUGAUGUCUUUAUCUUCCAGUGAACUGACAUCAAAGCCAUUUACAAACACUUUGCAAUUAAAUCUCUACAAUACUCAGAUUCAGUCCAUGCAGAGUUCAACAUCUGCACACCAAAUGGUUGCCACAUCAUUACCUUUAGGAAUGCCUUGUCCAAUAGAUAUGGAAUCUGUCCAUCCUUCUCACCAGCUCUCUCUAAAAUAUCCACUCAGUUCUACCUCAUAUACAGUUUCUAUGACUGAUAAAGAGCAGCCAUUGAAAGGGGAAAUUGAAAGUUACUUAAUGGAACUGCAAAGUGGUAUGCCUUCUUCAUCCCAAGAUUCUCAAGCAUCUUCAUCUAAAUUAGGAUUGGAUCCUCAAGUAGGGCCACUAGAUGAUGGAUCUGGGGAUGUUUCCCUUUCAAAAAGUUCAGUUUCUAUCAGUGAACCUCUAAGCACCCCAUCACUGGACUUCUCUCAGUUAUUCAAUUUUAUACCAGUAAAUGGACCUCCUUUUAAUCCUUCUGUUUCUCUAGGAAAUCUUGGAAUGAGUUACGCGCAAGAGGAAGCACAUUCAUCUAUGACACAGCUUCCUCAACAGGCACAAGAUCCACAUGACCCUGGUAAUGGUAUAGGUCUUGGGUCUUUGCAUUCAUUAUCAGCAGCUUUCACAAGCAGUUUAAACACAACCACAACCUUACCACGUUUUCACCAAGCUUUCCAAUAGGGUGAAAAAUUGCCUUGUGACAAGUUUAUUUGUAGAAAUGCCUUAGAUUACUUUUAUUAAUGUAGUGCCUACUAUGUCAUUUGUAAAUCUACUUUUGUACAGUACCAAUCUCAUUAAGCCAGUAUGAAAUUCAAAUUAACUUUUAAAAUAUUUUGAAUGUGUUCAUUCACAGUUGUUUACUCUGUUUUUUUUUAAGUCUCUGUAUUCUCACUGCCAAUAGACCCACACUU